UUGUUGAAAGGACGCACGUUACAAUAAAUACUAGUAAAAUUUCUCUAAAUAUAUAAAACAAAUGGAAUUUAUUGCAUAUUCGUGGUGUGGAAGACUCAAUGCUAUUAUAUUUUCCGUCAGUAAAUCCAUCCGAUUGCUUGUUGACAGUUUGCAAGGGCACUAGAAAUCACUUUCGAGUGGCAGUAGGCUCAUCUCGCACUCUCUAAGUGCUCAAUUAGUGAUGUUGACGUGCGCGAGCGUCGAGGCCUGUGAGUGAAAGUUCUGGACUAACUUUUUCCCAGUGAAAAUGAGAUUCAAGCGAGUGAAAUAAUUUGGAAAGUGUACUGUGCGCUUUUGCAAAUGGAGAACGCAGGUUUUCCUUCCGGCGAAGGGUGCGGGGAGGACAUAGAGCGAGCCCUAAUGGACCUGGGCCCGCUGCUCGGAGUGUCCAUCAAGGAGGAGGUGCCUGAUGACCUCGGCGAUGGCAUGGCCUCGCGUAAUAACCUGGGCGCGGCGGGCGCGGCGCCCGUGGCCAAGGCGGAGCAGGGCGCCGACUCGCUGGCGUCGCCGGGCGCGCGCGCCUCGCUGCUGGCGCUGCGCUGCGUGUUCUGCCAGGGCGCGCUGGCGCAGGCCGACGGCACGCCCAAGCUGAUGGAGUGCCUGCACUCCGCCUGCGAGCCCUGCGUCAAGCUCAAGAUCGAGGAGAAGCUGGCGCCCAGCCGCGACUUCCUGGGAGCGAACUGCGUAACGAUAUCGUGUGGGGCGUGCCGCCUGCAGUGCCAGCCCAGCAACAUGAUAGACCAGCGGUUCGUCCUCGAGAAAAUGGAGAUGGAGCAAGCGGGCAGUAAUGGCGCCGCCGGCGAGCUGGAGUGCAACAGCUGCGACGACACCGCGCCCGCCACCAGCUACUGCGCCGACUGCGCAGAGUUCAUCUGCGACAACUGCGUGCUCGCGCACCAGAGGCUCAAGAUCACGAAGGACCACACCAUCAAGUCCCGGGAGGAGGCGGCGGCCGAGCUGCCGGCGGCGCAGGGCUCCGCGCACGACAUGUUCUGCCGGGACCAUCCGCAGGAGCGGCUGGCGCUGUUCUGCGAGACGUGCGACCGCCUCACGUGCCGCGACUGCCAGCUGCAGCACCACCGCGACCACAAGUACCAGUUCAGCACGGAGAUGGCGGCGCAGGCGCGCGGCAGCGUGGCGGCCCUGCUGUCGGAGGUGAGCUACAAGCGCGUGCUGCUGGGCUCGGCCAUGAAGGUGAUCCGCGACCGCCAGCACCUCAUCGCCGAGAAGAAGAAGGCGCUGGUGCACGAGAUCACGCAGACCGUCGUCAAGCUCACCAACGCCAUCAACACGCGCGGCAAGCAGCUGGUGCUGCGCCUCAACGAGGUGUGCGACGCCAAGCAGCGCACGCUCAGCGAGAAGAAGGACGCGCUGGAGCAGCUGGCGGCCAUCACCGACCACUGCGUGGACUUCGUCAACACGGCGCUGGAGCAGGGCAGCGACACGGCCAUCCUGCACAGCAAGCGCACGGUGUCGGCGCACCUGCAGCGCAUCAAGAGCCGGCGCGCCGACAUCCCCAACCCCGAGAUCCCCGUGCGCAUCUCGCUGGCGCUAGACAAGCUGCCCGACCUCGUGCGCGUGCUGUCCAGCAUCGGCGCCAUCGUGGUGGACGGCAAGGUGGACGGCGGCGCGGCCGGCAGCCCGGGGCCCGGCGCGGGGCCCGGCGCGGGGCCCGGCGCGGGGCCCGGCGCCGCGCCCGCCUUCCUCUCCGCCGCGCCGCCGCACUCCGCCGUCGUGGCCCUGCAGCAGGUGGCCAUGCACCAGACUUUGGCACGAUAUCAGUCGUACGUGGCGGCGGCGCCGGCCUACGCGCACCGCGCGCGCGCGCACACGCCGCUGCGGCACCCGCACGUCACGUCCACCACGCACCCGCACCACCUGCACGGCAUGAGCGAGAUGAACCUGCGCGGGCUGCUCAACGCGGGCGGGGCGCGAGCGCGCGCGCCCGCCACGCACGCCUCCACGCACGCCGCCACGCACGCCGCGCACGCCGCGCUACCCGCCAUGCAGCAGGCCUACCACCAGAUGAUGGGCGCGUACGCCAACAACGUGUACGCCAGCAACGCGGGCGCGCCGGGCGCCAGCGGCCGGCGCAGCGGCGGCCCGCGCACGCCCUCGCCCGCGCCGCACGCGCCGCACCCGCACCUGGCGCUGCCUCCGCACCCGCACGCGCCGCACGCGCUGCACGCGCCGCACGCGCAGCCGCCCGCCGCCGCGCCCGCCAAGUGGCACAUCCCGCAGCACUCGCUCUCCAACGGCGCGGAGGCGGCGAGCGGCGCGGCUUCGGGCGCGGGCGCGGACUACAAGAUCACGCUGGGACGCGCGCGCGCCUCCUCCGCCGUCACGUCCACCAACCCCAAGACGCCCAGCCCCAGCCUCGCCGGCGCGGGCGGCGGCUCGGUGUCGGAGCUGGACAAGGUGUGCGCGGAGUCGGUGCAGGACCUCAUGGCCACCAUCGCCAAGCUGGACUCCAACGGCGUGCAGGUGGUGGCGGAGCAGGCGGCGGCGCCCGGCGACGCGGCCUCGCCCGCCGUCGUGCACUCCUCCACCGACGCGGAGCCGCGGCCCGGCAAGGCGGGCGGCGCGGCCGGCGACCCCAACGAGGACUGGUGCGCCGUGUGCAUGGACGGCGGAGAGCUCAUGUGCUGCGACAAGUGCCCCAAGGUGUUCCACCAGUACUGCCACAUCCCCACCAUCGAGAAGCUGCCCGAGGAGACGGAGUCGUGGCAGUGCCUGCUGUGCGUGCGCUUCGCGGACGAGGCGGACGAGGCGGACGGGGCGGACGGGGCGGACGGGGCGGACGGGGCGGGUGGGGCGGACGGGGCGAACGAGCUGCGCGGCCGCACGCGCCGCGUGGUGGAGCGCCUCACGCUGGAGUUGUACUGCCAGUACGAGCUGUCGCUGCCCUUCCGCGAGCCCGUGCCGCUGCACAACCGCCACUACCACUCCAAGGUCGCGCGGCCCAUGUGCCUCGACGUGAUCCGCCUGCGCCUGCAGCCGCGCGCCGCGGACCGCUACACGCACGCGGCGCAGUUCGUGGCCGACGUGCGCCUGCUGUUCCGCAACGCCUACCGCUACAACCCGGCGGAGUCGCAGAUCCACAAGGACGCCAGGAGGCUGGAGGAGUUCUUCGACGCGCAGCUCGCCAAGUGGCUGCCCGACUACACGCACUGGCCCGGCGAGGGCGAGCCGCCCUGCAAGCGCGCGCGCGCCCCGUGACCUCCCCGUCACCUCCCCGUGACCUCCCCGUCACCUCCCCGUCACCUCCCGUUGUCUUCUCCCCGUGCGCAAACUACUCUUCCUUUCAACCAACUAUUGGUAGGGCCGGGUGCGCCUG